GAACCAGCCGGCAACAAUAUAACACCAACAUUCAAAUUCAGCAUUAACAAUAUUUACACAGAAAAAACAACUCAACAAAUAAAUUCCAACUUUUCUGCGUAAUAAUAAAAAAGAAAAUAAAGUGCGUAUGCACUUUAAUGGUAUUGCUGUGCAAACCCGUAUUCCCAAAAAGUAAAGAAGCUCAGUGGGAUAAUCAUGUCGUUGCCGGCUAAAAGCUGUGAAAGUCUAUAUUCGGCUAGCUCUCGCGAGUCUGCUAGCCAAAUUUAUCAGCGGAAAGCACCGCCACGCGGUAUGAAAGCAGGAAAUGGCAUUCGCCAGCCAUCAAUGGUGCCCAACAAUGGCUCCAGCGAUAUCCAUCAACGAGUGAUGUCGGCACGUAAUUUGCGUGUGAAGACCUUUCAGAAUCAGCUGGCUGAUGCCCAGGCCGAGAUCGCGAACUUAGCCCACGAGAAUCGCAUGCUGCGCACCAUGCACAAACGCCAAUCGACGGCACUCAAUAAAUAUGAGAAUACGGGUGCGGAACUGCCACAGCUUUUGCAUUCUCAUGCCGAGGAGCUGCGUGUAUGGCAGACCAAACAUCGCAAUGUGCAGGCCGCCAACAAGGAGCUGGAGCAGAAGCUCAAACAGAAAGAGACACAAAUCCUGACUCUAAGCGACCAGAACAGACACUUCAGUCAGCUCAUUCGAGACAAAAAUCUGGAUGAACGACAGAAGCUGCAAGAUAAGCUACGUUUGUUGGAGCAGCGUCUGCAGGAGAAAGAUAACGAAAUGAAGCUAAUGACACGCAAGGUGCAGCUGGAAUCGAAGAAUUUCAAACAGCAGCUCCUCAACGAGCAAAAGAAGUGCAAAGAAGUGAUGCUGAAGCUAGAGAAGGCCAAGUUGGAAAUUAGUGGUUAUCGCAAGCUGGAGGAGUUUACAGUUGACAAGACAAAUCCCUUGUCUGCGGGAAGACGCACCAAAUUGAAUGCCGUCGAGGAAACAGAUAAGAUAGACAAGCUAGAGAAGUCACUCGAAAUGCUGGACAAGGCUAUUGAGAAGAACAAUCAAAGUGAAUUCAAUGCACUGACCGACGUUGUGGAUACGGACUCAAAUUUUGACUUCGAGAAGGACGACGAUGGGGAGAAGAGUGCCACACAACCGGAGGGUCAGAAUACCAAAGACAACAAACCAAUACGCGCCAAAUUGACGCUGCCUCCAGCUAACAACCAACUUAAGCAGACACCCAGUACUCUAUCCAAUGGAUCCCGUCCUUCUCAACUCAAUUCUAGCAAGCCAAACUCACGCCUGCGUAGCGGCGGCGUCUUUGGAGGAAGUAUAUCCACAUUGGCCAGCAGUAAUGCACGCAGUAGCUUGGCAAGCAAGCGUCGAGAGGGCGACACGACUUCUAAGCGUACAGCAGCAUCAGCAGCAACAGACGCAGCUGCCGAUAAACUGGACACACUGGCAAAAACUUUGGAAUACGACUAUGAAGAGGAUUCAGAGCAUGAUGAAGAUGAGGACAGUGAUGGCAAGAAGUAUGGAAAAAUGGACGAAGAAGAUGAUGCUGCAAGCGAAGAGGAGGAGAAUCAAAAUAACAGCCGUGUGGAAUAUGCCUCAUACUUGGACACUAAGUGUGAGUUGAGUGACAUGAUGGAAAUGGACGAAGAAUAUGAAUACGACGAAGACGAUUUACAAUCGCCCCCAAGCAAAGCUGUGCAAAAGCUGAAUUUGCGCGCGCCUAUCAUGAAGGAAAACAUAGCUGGCAUAAGGAAACUCAUCUCUGAUGACCAGAAAGAACGCGAGAACUUCUUGGAUACCCACUGUCGUCCCAUUUCGGGCACCAAUGUGCGCGAGGAUCCUGCCAAAAAGAAGCGCCCAACAACAACGGCUGCAACAGGAGGUGCUGCAACAGGAGGUGCUGCUGCUGCUGGUGGUCAACUGGUUGCCAGUCGUAAGCAUGCUCUGCUCGCCGCACUAAAGGUCAUUGACGACAACAAGGAUGAGGAUUAGAUAGGUGUUUUCUUUUCAGACUAUAAGCGUUAAGUUAUAUUUUUUAUUUGAUUCAAAGUAAAGAGCUCUAUAAGCGGCCAGCUGAAGCAGGUGCAGCACAAGCUGCACAAAAUGCCUGAUCGCUAUGGAUGCCGUGCCCAUGGUCCAGCAUUUAAUGCAGUUACGUACUGCACCUGCUCCAGCACCGUUGAGCAUGUAAAAGUGA